UUAACUUGUUCAAAAAAGUAUCAGGAGUUGUCAAGGCAGAGAGAGAGAGUGUGUGUGUUUGCAAAAGGGGGUAAAGUAGUUUGCUGGCUCUUUAAGACCGAGGUGGAGAGAGAGAGAGAGAGAGAGAGAGAGAGAGCGGCAGGCAGAGAAAAGGGAAAAAGGAGGAAGAAGUUUUUUAAAAUCAAGACUCCGGCGGUAAUAAUAGCAGUUAUUAGCAUUAUUAAUCCAUCAGCGAAGAGGAAGAUCCUGAUCUUGAUCCAAGUGUGGUUUUGGGGAGUCCCCCUCCCCCCUUUCCUACCCCUCCCUAGGAAAAAAAAAAAAAAAGUCCGGCUUGGGACUCCGCUGCGGCUGCUCCUCGUUUCUCUGCUCGAGGCUGGUUCCAGGCAAAAGUAGUUUGAAUGUACAACAUGAUGGAAACCGAGCUGAAACCUCCCGCCCCCCAGCAAACUUCGGGGGGAGGCACAGGCAACUCCAACUCGGCCGCCAACAACCAGAAGAACAGCCCGGACCGGGUCAAGCGCCCGAUGAACGCGUUCAUGGUGUGGUCCCGCGGGCAGCGGCGGAAAAUGGCCCAGGAGAACCCGAAGAUGCACAACUCGGAGAUCAGCAAGCGGCUCGGGGCGGAGUGGAAACUUUUAUCCGAGGCGGAAAAGAGACCCUUCAUUGACGAAGCCAAGCGGCUCAGAGCUCUGCACAUGAAGGAGCACCCGGAUUAUAAAUACCGACCCCGGAGGAAAACCAAGACCCUCAUGAAGAAGGAUAAGUACACGUUGCCGGGGGGCUUACUGGCACCGGGCACCAAUACCAUGACGACUGGGGUAGGGGUUGGGGCCACCUUGGGAGCUGGGGUGAACCAGAGGAUGGACAGUUACGCGCACAUGAACGGCUGGACCAACGGAGGCUAUGGGAUGAUGCAAGAGCAGCUCGGCUACCCGCAGCACCCGGGCUUGAACGCGCACAACGCGGCGCAGAUGCAGCCCAUGCACCGCUACGACGUGAGCGCCCUGCAGUACAACUCCAUGACCAGCUCGCAGACUUACAUGAACGGAUCGCCUACCUACAGCAUGUCCUACUCCCAGCAAGGGACCCCGGGCAUGGCCCUGGGCUCCAUGGGCUCGGUGGUCAAGACGGAAUCCAGCUCCAGUCCCCCCGUAGUCACCUCCUCGUCUCAUUCAAGGGCUCCUUGCCAAGCUGGGGACCUUCGGGACAUGAUCAGCAUGUAUCUACCAGGUGCUGAAGUACCAGAACCAGCUGCCCCAAGCAGACUUCAUAUGUCCCAACACUACCAGAGUGCACCUGUUCCUGGCACAGCCAUUAAUGGCACACUCCCUCUAUCACAUAUGUAAGACAAAG